GAAAAAAUGCAAUUUUCUUAAAAGAUCAACUUCCUGCUCCUGCUUGACUGCUUCGUGCUUCGCUUACUUCAAUUCUGCUGAUUUCCUAUCUACUAACCCUUAUACGAUUGCUUCUGGUUCGUAAUUGAAAGGUAAGGGUUGCUUCUGGUUCGUAAUUGAAAUUAUUUACGAUUGCUUCCACUCCCAAUCCCACAGCCCAAAGCGAAAUAUCUUCUCUCAUCAAACCCAAUUCCACCAACGUUUGUUUCCCCACACGUCUUGUAAAGCAAUUCCAUUCAUAAAACAUAUAACUAAAAUCCGACGUCGUUUCCAAGUUAAUCUGUCAAUCUGUCCUUUUUUCUUCCUCGUGCUCGCAUCUAUCAACUGAGCCACCAAAUCAUCGUUAUCAUAUCGACCCAAUGGGGUUUAUCGUAAGGGAAGGAUCUUAAUUUCAGAUCGAGCUCACUUAUUGUUCGAUUAUCAUCAAGAAAUAGAUGGACUUCGAGAAGCUGAGCUUGGUAAAUCGUUCAUUGGCACUAGCAAGAGAGGAAUUGGGCCAUGUUACUCCAGCAAGGUCAUCCGAAAUGGCAUAAGAGUAUGCGAUUUGAAGCAUAUGGACACCUUUCCUGAUAAGCUUGAUGUUUCGUUCCAAUGGUUUGUCAUCCACUUGAAUUCACGCCUAUGGAUUAUCCUACCAGGCAGUGGUUAUAUGUCUCCAAAAUACAUAAUGAAUGGGCAUUUUUCUACCAACCUACUAAGUCAUGUUAUUACCAUUGCAAAGAUCUUGGGUUGCACGGAGACACCAAAGAAGCUGAAGAUUGUAUUAGAUGAUGUAAUCAUGUAUUAGUUAGGACAUAAUUUGUAAAGGUUUUUUUGACGAAUUGUAUAUGUUGACAGAAAUUGUAUAGAAAAGUAUUGUUUUUGUUGGAUUGAGCUGAAAUUGCAACCCACUUUUCUUAUUUAUUCGAAAUAGCAAUGUACUUAUAAAUACUUUCGUUUUUAA